GGGCCAAGAGCAAGUCUUGUUUGGCUUCAGGGCUCACCUGAUACCUGUGCCACAGCACAUCCUCAGCCAUGAAGACCCUCUGCCUGCUCUUUUCUCUCCUCUUCUUGGCUCUCCAGGUCUCUCCAGGUUUGUCUUCACCCCGGAGGGAAAUGAUUUUCUGCAGAGGAGGGAGCUGUCACUUUGGAGGAUGUCCCUUCCAUCUGAUUAAAGUUGGAAGUUGCUUUGGGUUCCGCUCCUGCUGCAAACAACCGUGGAACGUAAGAGAUGUUGAUGAGCCAUUCAUUGAAGAGUAAUGAAAAUCUCCUUGGAAUCUCCUUACUCCUAAACCCACUGGAUCCUGCUGCAAAGCCUCACA